AUGUCAUCUUUGAUUUAUCCACGCUUUGUUUUCCAAGAAACACUGAUGUUUUGGCUUAAAACCGAAAUUGCAAGAGAUCUUAUUGAUACACAGAAAGUGAAAGCAAUUAUAGGACCUGAUACAUGGAAAGAGACAACUUUAGUGGCUGAUAUUUGUAACCAAAAUGUGACCCCAGUUCUAUCUCUAGCUGAUGCAACUCCAAAUUGGUCAACUUUGAAGUGGCCCUACCUUGUGCAAAUCUCACCUAAUCAGUUUAAGCAGAUGAAAGCAGUAGCAGCUAUUGUACAUUCCUUUGAAUGGUACAACGUUAACAUAAUAUACGAUGAUACUGAUUCUUCUUCCACGAGAAUGUUCUCUCAUCUCUAUAGAGAUCUCAGUGUGUCAGGUAUUCAUAUAAGCAAUGUUUUGACCAUCCCUCCGUUAAGCUCCUCUUCAUUGUCUCAAGAAUUAGAGAAGCUUAGGGAUGGCUAUUGCAGAGUUUUUGUUGUUAAUUUGUCAGUUUCUUUGGCCAUAAACAUGUUUCAAACUGCAAAAGAAUUGAAAAUGAUGGAGAAAGGUUAUGUGUGGAUCGUUACUGAUCCUCUUACAAAUCUUGUCCAUUCAUUGAACUCUUCUACUAUAUCAUCAAUGCAAGGGAUAGUUGGAGUAAAGAGCUACUUCCCAGAAAUAGGGCUUCAAUACGAGGACUUCUACUCUAAAUUUAGAAAAAAGUUUAGCUUAGAGAACCCUCAUGAGCUUAAUAAUGAGCCUGGGAUAUUUGCAGCACGUGCUUAUGAUGCUGCAUGGACUCUAGCUCUAUCCAUGAUCCAAACAACCAACAAAAAAGAUCAAACGUUACUGGAUAAGGUUCUACUCAAUAAUUUUACUGGCUUAAGUGGAAAAAUUCAUUUCACUGACCAAAAGUUAGAUCCUUCAGAUAUUUUUCAGAUCAUCAAUGUGAUGGGGAAAGAUUAUAAGGAAAUUGGGUUCUGGACAAAUGGACUAGGUUUCUCAAAUAUUAUAGGCCAAAAUGCUACUUUCAAUUUUUCAAUGAAGGAACUUGGACAAGUUUUAUGGCCAGGAAGACCUUGGGGAACUCCAAGAGGAUGGAUUCCAGCAUUGGAUAAACCACUAAGAAUUGGGGUCCCCGUUUUGGCAACAUUGAAACAAUUCAUAACUGUAAUUCAGGACCCAACAGAAAACACCACCACUUUCCAAGGAUUCACCAUUGAUCUUUUUAGAGAAACUAUGGAGUUGUUGCCCUAUCACUUGCCCUACAAAUUCUAUCCUUUCAAUGACACGUACGAUAAUUUGGUGAAGCAAGUUUAUUUGAAGAAUUUCGAUGCGGUAAUUGAUGUGACUAUAAUUUCAUAUCGAUAUCAGUAUGCAGAAUUCACUCAGCCAUACACUGAUCCAGGAGUGGUGAUGGUAGUUCCCCUUAAAUCAAAUGUGGAUCAUAGAGGUUGGUUAUUUAUGAAACCUUUUACAAAGACUAUGUGGCUUUUAAUACUGGCCAUGGUUAUCUACAAUGGCUUCAUUCUUUGGAUGUUGGAAAGACGCCACAGUCCUGAAAUUACAGGUUCCAUGCUGAAUCAAACUGGGACCAUGGCUUGGUUGGCAUUGACCCCUCUAAUCAAGCUAGAUGGAGACAAGCUACAUAGCAAUUUAUCAAAGAUGGUUAUGGUGGUUUGGUUGUUUGUGGCACUUAUCAUAACACAGACUUACACAGCUAACCUUGCCAGCAUGCUAACUACUGAACGGCUUGAACCAACUAUAGAUAAUAUUGAUCAGCUACGGAAUAGCAACAUCAGGGUUGGAUACAGUUCUGGAUCCUUUCUGAAACAUUACGUGGAGAAAGUGUUGCAGUUCCACCCUGAAAACAUGAGGAACUAUGGAGAACUUGAAGAGUAUGCUGAAGCUUUCAGAAGAAAAGAAAUAGGAGCUGCCUUUCUGGAAGUUCCUGCAGCCAAAAUUUUCCUAGCAAAUUACUGUAAAGAGUUUAUUCAAGCUGGGCCUUUGUACAAAAUUGGAGGAUUUGGAUUUGCAUUUGCAAGGGGGUCUCCAUUGNUGGUGAAGCAAGUUUAUUUGAAGUAUGCAGAAUUCACUCAGCCAUACACUGAUCCAGGAGUGGUGAUGGUAGUUCCCCUUAAAUCAAAUGUGGAUCAUAGAGGUUGGUUAUUUAUGAAACCUUUUACAAAGACUAUGUGGCUUUUAAUACUGGCCAUGGUUAUCUACAAUGGCUUCAUUCUUUGGAUGUUGGAAAGACGCCACAGUCCUGAAAUUACAGGUUCCAUGCUGAAUCAAACUGGGACCAUGGCUUGGUUGGCAUUGACCCCUCUAAUCAAGCUAGAUGGAGACAAGCUACAUAGCAAUUUAUCAAAGAUGGUUAUGGUGGUUUGGUUGUUUGUGGCACUUAUCAUAACACAGACUUACACAGCUAACCUUGCCAGCAUGCUAACUACUGAACGGCUUGAACCAACUAUAGAUAAUAUUGAUCAGCUACGGAAUAGCAACAUCAGGGUUGGAUACAGUUCCGGAUCCUUUCUGAAACAUUACGUGGAGAAAGUGUUGCAGUUCCACCCUGAAAACAUGAGGAACUAUGGAGAACUUGAAGAGUAUGCUGAAGCUUUCAGAAGAAAAGAAAUAGGAGCUGCCUUUCUGGAAGUUCCUGCAGCCAAAAUUUUCCUAGCAAAUUACUGUAAAGAGUUUAUUCAAGCUGGGCCUUUGUACAAAAUUGGAGGAUUUGGAUUUGCAUUUGCAAGGGGGUCUCCAUUGUUUCCUUAUGUAAACAAAGCACUUCUAUAUUUAGUAGAAAUCGGCAAG